GACUUCCUCUAGGCGUCUCUCUAGACCAGAUAACCCUGCAGCUCCUCUUUAAAGCCUCCUCCUCACAACUAAAUUAGAUUUACUGUGUUUCCUUUUCAAAAAGCACAUGAUCAUCCUGUGAUUUUGAUCCUCUCAGUCCUGGUUUUAUGUCUCUUCAUCAGUGGAGCUGAUUGUUCUUUGUUGAGUGUUCAGUCCAGAGUUAACUGUGUGAUCGGAGCAGAAUGAAUCCAUGGCUCUUUACGAUAAUCCUGGCAGCUGGCACCUUGGAGCUUUGUUGUGCAGGACCUCUCCAUGCCCAGUGCAAAGCUGAAUGGUAUGCUUUCAUUCGUUUCAUAAAAUAUGUUGUGUUUUUGUUUUCAUAGUAAUGACUGAAGCUUGUGGCAUCGCAGCACUCUGAGAAAUACUGAAGGUACUUUGGGAUCCCAUGCCAAACGGUUUAUGAAUCCCUCGUCUCUCAGAUUAAGAAGUGGAGAACCAUGAGUGGCUGCACCAUGGGAGGACAGAAGUGCCUGUACAAGCUGAAGUCUGCCUCUGUCCACUUUAUAGCAGCCAAACACACCGCUCCUUUCAAGAGAUAUGAGGACGACAUCAAUUUCCGGCUGGUCUCCUAUCACUUCUUCACUUGCUGUCACGUUUCAGCCAUGUCCGUUUCUGAGAGCUGGUAUGCAAUCAAAGACCACGGCAGAAACUACUGCAACCUGUACAACCUGAUGGAAGGAAGUGGUCUCACUGAGGCCAGAGGUUAUAAAGAGGUCACCAGUGACUUCCUGUGUACACAACGAUCUUCUGCCAACUGCACCAUCUACUGACCUGCCAGCUGGAAGAACAUGAAGGGCGAUCAGAGUAAUCGCUACAAGUAUGACACUGUUAUGGUUUAGUGUUCAUCAUCAUCAUCAUCAUCAUCAUCGUAGCAGCCCCACCCCCUCAGAUCAGUGCAUGGAUGAUGAGGUUAGAAGCUGAGUUUCUGCAACUGAAUCCAAACCUUGCUUAAAGAUGACUAGCACUGUGGUAUACUGGAACUAGCUGAGUACCUAAUGAAGAUGACUUUGGAGGAACUCAACAGCCUAGAAGAAGAAUCACCAACACAUUUCCAGACCCCAUGUGAUCAUGGUCAGAAACUGUUUGAAUUAUAUAUGUUUCUGUGACUGUUUUACUAUUAUACUUUAUAUUUGUACUGUUUUUUACAUUUAAAGAAUAAAAAGCCUAAAACACCUGAA